UCGCGGGACGAUUCCGCGUCCACCCUCAACUUUCUCAUGAUGGAUCCUUUGCGUCCACGCCCUUCCGGAUAAACAGGCAGAAGGGAGGUACCAUGCACCCUCACAAACUGCAACCCACACUGCCCGAGCACUUGACGUCAGAUUUCUCCCCGGUCUUUCGUGCUCCUGCCACUCAAGGCAACCCGAAACAGGUAGACGACUCGCCUGCGAGUUUCCUUUCCCCUUGUCCGCUUCUCCAUGAGAUCUGUGUAUAUCCUUGUGAUUCUGUGGAGCAGGUUGUGUUGCGUUCUGGUAAACGCUGGUCGGCACAGAGACGCCAUCCGAUAUAUCGAUAUGGUCCACGUCUCUCUUUCUUUCCACACACCAAUGCAGGCCUCUGCGGGUCGUGGAGGGGCUUUCACUGCAGGGAGAGUGCCAGUACGCAGCAGAAAUCGGUCUCUCCUGGUGUGCUGCUCCAGAUAGGAGGAAUGCAUGAUUUCGAAUCGAAACGAGCUACGCGGAGCAACAAACUCUUCCCGUGGUGCACGGUACUCCUAGAGAGACACUCAGAAAGCGCAGGCAACAGACGGGCUCCAAGACACCAUCUCGACCAACCGGAGGCUCUGUCGGGCUGGUCCCAGUCACUAAAGGUAUCCGAUUUGCCAACCAGUGAAGCACCAGAUGAUAUAGAGCCACCACACCCUGCGGCUACAGACGCAACAAACGCUUCUGAGUACUCGAGAACGUUGCGGCCGACAAUUCGAGGACCGAGCCAUGAGUCACCGAAGCCAUUGCUGUCUCGAGACGACGCCUGGAGCUCUGCAGUCAACGAAAAUGACACGCACGCGUCCGUUGGUGAAUCGCCUUUGUCCGAUCAAUUUUCGGCGAUCCUGCCAGCGCCAACGGGGCAGCCCGUCAAGGACGACGCUGAACAAACGCCUGCUACAGGCCAGGAGGAACACGGUUCGAGUGGGCAGCAAUCACAACACUCUGCAAGAGAACGUCGUGCCCGGGGCCUUCAAAACUCUAAGGGAAAUGCAUAUCGCACAGGACGUCACCGGCACAGGCCCGCUUCUACCAAAUGGCCGACGAAAGAAAGAAACGGCUCCAGAUUGCCGUCGAGCCGAAUCUCCUUGGACGAUACUACUGACGGUCGCGCGAGAGUGCUGCAAGACGUAGCUGGUGUAGAGGAAUUGCUGCAAGAUAGCGCAACACAGCAGCUAGACGAGGCCGACACGCGACGUGACGCGCCCCAGGAGGUUCAGUGUGCAACACCAAACGUGAUGCGCUUGUGCCGCAGUAAAGGAACGUUUGAAAAGAGACAACCCGGCCACCGUAGCACAUGGACAGCAAAUGCUGAAGGUGAAGCAUGCGCUGGAUUCAGUGCAAGAGAUCGGGUGACCACUGGACGCGACAUGAAUUGGAACGAGCUCCUGAAAGACGCCAACACCAGCGAAAGACAUUACAUUCGGUUAGGCGAGCGUGUGAAGCAGAAUCGACGGGGGAGAACAUGUGGUCACCAAGCACCUGAAGAUAACAGUGGAGGAGCACCUGUCUCUCUUCCUUCGAGAGCCUCGCGAAGAUUCAGAAAUCGGGGUAGUACGACAAGCGACUUGCAAGGCGAAUGGAGUGCACGGCGCUUGCUGGACGUCAGGCGGCUGGACGACCUCUGGAGCCUUUUGCAAACACAAAAUCUGCACAGGCUCUCUGGCACGGAGCUCACCAGUAUCGUGUUGCGUCUCUUGUCGUUGUCAAGUGUGGCCGCGAACGCGGAGUUAGGCAAUGAGACUGGAGCACUAGUGGGCGCUGAACCGAAUGACCUCUAUAAUCACUCUCAGGCGUUCGAAGGCCAGGAUGACAAGAACGCAACAGAUUGGAGAAACAGUCAACGGAAAGUGCUGGACAUGGCCAAGAUGAUCCGAAUGCGGGAGGAUGUCAAGAGACACCCGAUUUUCAAGGACAUCCUCUCUCUGCUACCGCAAAGAGUCGACUCACUGGACGCAUCAUCAGGAGUAGCUCUUCUUCAUGCUCUCGCGCGGUUUGGUCUUCGUCCCUCUGCGACGCUGCUGGGCCGGUUAGGAGAUGUGAUUGUCGAUCGCGCUCUUGCAGGCGUCCUAUAUCCUAUGAAGUUCAAGACCAAUGAGAACGCGAGGGCUCCUGAGCAUCUCACGGAGCAUCAUGCUGAACUUACGAACGCUGAACUGAGCCAGUUGUGGGUUUCAUGCGAGACUCUCGUGCCUCUUCAGCGCGCGCGACUUUUCCAAGCUCUGAUGCAGCUGACAAUGGAUAAGUUCAGGACAGCAACUGCUCGUUUGGAGAGCGCCCUCAGCAGAGAGGAAGAAUCGUGGCAUAAACCCUUAGAGGAGAGCAGUAGUCACGGAGGCCAACGCCAGCCUUCCGACCAGUUUCCCGAACUGAACCACAUUAAUGAGGGCGGAACACUGGGAUGUCAAGAAGGCAGCAACAAAGAAGUACCCGGUUCGACCGAACAGACACGGCGCACUCAGGCGGGACAAGGAGGAAUUUGGAGAGAUCUACAAGACUUGGGCGUCGACGUCGGAACCAUUGCGGCCGUGGCCAGGGCAGCGGCUGGAAUGAACCUCGGCGAAUUUCACAAACCAUUUGUACAGGUUUUGGAAAGACUAGUUACCGCUUUACUUCGGCUUGGCUGCCAGAGUAUCGGAAGGAGCGCUGCACCUCAGGAGAUAAGCGAAAGUGGAGAAUCAGAUCCUCACUUCUCAGGCUGCCCGGCACACGAGCAUAGCCGUGAAACAUCAUCAUCUCGACGGGAAAGUUUGGACCCACCAGCUUUUGAUACACAAGGCGGUUGCGGAACCUCAGCGGUUCAUUCUCAGUUCGCAUCUGUCCUGGGGCGGCUGGUAUAUUCCGUGACGAAACUGAAACAAGAACGCGAAGGGCAACCUGCCUUAGGGGGAUCAGAGGCGUGCGCAGGCGGAAAAGAUAACAACCGCAAGACGACGAAUCCUGGAAUGGCUCCAUAUUACGAUUGGGCAGCUGGAAACGAUGAAGUAACCUACGCGACCGCAGCACGUCAGGAUGGGGCUGCAACGGUUUCACUCGCAAAAGAAAGGAAUCUUCUCCCUCCACUGAGACCGGUGCUGCAUAGUGGAGGUGACGACCGUAAGGUGGAGCGCCGUCUUGACACGGACGUGGAUGAUCUGCUGGAAAGUUUUACUGCGUUCUUUGCAACUGCUGCGGACUGUGUCCGUCCAGUGCAUUCCGUACUACCUCAUCUGCUCGCUGCUGCGAGCUUCCUCUUUCGUGGAUAUGUCAAAAUGCUAGGGAGAGAAUUGCCACCGGAGACAGUGAUGCUGACCACAGACAACGAGACAGGAUGCAGGGGGAUGGGUCGCAAAUUGCAGCAGGCGUUGCCGCCCCGUGGUAUGAAAAGCAGGGAGGCUGGGACCUUCAGGCUUGACUUUGGGAAGACGCGUACAGGAAUGGCCGAGGGGAAAUCAAGGUUGGAUCAGCUUGCGGAAAACAUGUCAUGCUUGCUUUCACUAGCUUCUCGGGCUGUAGAUCGGGAAUGGGACCGCCUUGACAGUUUGCCCAAUGUUGUGACUAUGCUUCUCAGCCUUCACUCUCUCGAGCAAAGCAGGAUUCGUUUAGUAGCCAUGAAUCGUGAUUCCAGGAAGGUAGAACCUGGCGUCCGGAAGGGGGGAGCGGCCAGCGAUGGGUCGCAGUCUGGGGCAAGUCCUGAAGGAAAGGAAGAUGCGGCGUCAAGUGCGGGAUACCUCAAACGCACCCAACGUCGCUCCCAUGGUGCCUCUGUCGUGCGGCGACUCGCUGCUCGACUUCAGCUCCUCCUUAGUAAGCUCGAGAACCACAGGGAAGUCAAUCGAAACAUCCCAGACAUAACCUCCGAAACGGGAAAGGAGUGGGAGCGUAUGGGGAUGUACGGUGUUUCUGGGGGCAGCAACACAUCGGACAAACACCCCUCAGAGAACUCAUCGUUGCAGGUGAAGCACCUGCCGCUCUUGGAAAACAGCUGUACCUUGCUGCGACUGCUAAUUCGCCUAAACAUGCGUAGUACGGCAACUCUGCUCGUAAAACGCAUCAGUUCUAUCAUUGGGUUAGAAAGUGAAGAUUGGGAUUCGUUGGAGUCGAGUACCGAAAGAGGCCGAAGCAGUCGCUGCACAGGAUCCGGAGGGAGGCAAAGGGAGGAAAGUGUGGGGGCGGCUCCACGACACGGUCAGUCUGAGCACAUAUUUGAGGGCAGCUGGCUGACGCGUUUUGAUGCAAGAGUUACUCGGAAGGUGAGAGAGCUCAGUUUGAGCAGAGAGUUUCGAAGACGUAUUCAGUGGGCUGAUAGUGUGGAAGAGGUUCUGGAGGCUGUUGGUGCAGCUGCGGCAGAGUGCGAUAGCAUCACUGGGACAGAUGCACACAUGGAGUCAGGGUCCGCAGUGAACAAUGAGACGUCGCCUACGAGGUUACCUGCCAGCCACUUGAGAGAACGCGACGCGUUGUGCCUCGAUUCACUGUCUCUUAGCUCGGCGCUCCACCGAUUGGCAAUUCUCCAGGAACUGCAUGUUACUGACAGAGUCCGUAUCAAUGGCCCUACGCUGACUGCGCCAAGGCCAAGCAGUGAAACGAAGACGCGCCGAAUAGCGGAUGAUCAAAAUGUAAACGGAUUGAAAAAAAGAGCCAGUGAUUGGUGGUUGCACGACAGCAGGAUGCAGAGACUGUUGUGGACUGUCGUUGUCAAAUUACCUACAAUGGAUCAUCAAAUAACUCGCAUUCUGUGGGCCCUCGAAAAGCUCGGUUUCUUCAGGUCGUUGUCGGGUGCAUCCCCGCUUCAGGGUUUGUCGUUGCUUAAGGUCUCAGCAGCAACCGCGGCUUCAAAUGACUCAUCCGGGGACAGUCUGGCGAGACGUCGUGCAUCAUCAGUGGAUAACAUAUCUGACAGGGGCUACUCAUCCUCAUCGUCCCCUGACGACAGCGCGAAAGAAGAUGCCGCCACGGAUGGUUACGCGCCAACUGCUUCUUCAAUCUGGCAACAACUCCCCUCGAGUCUGUUUUCACGGCUUUCAGAACUGGCCGUCAAUCAUGAACUAAACGGUACGCAGCUGUCAUCUGCGCUUCGGGUCAUCGCAAGCAUUAAAGCUAAGGGAUUCUUUGCCUCAUGUUCCCAGGCAGGCACUGUCCGAGUUGGCACGUCCACAUCUUCUGACUUUCAAGAUACGGCAGCUUCACAGGCAGAGCGCAUCGGAGCAAAAUUACUGUUCGUACCAUCGUCACUGCGAACCGUUGAUGCCUCUUUUCAGAAACGGAUCGAGGAGAGUGAGGCGUGUCUUAAAGUUAGCUUCCGUAGUCUUCUGCUGCAUCUAGCUCCAUCAAUGAGUGCAUUAGAUGCGAGCACGUCUUUAUUCUCUCUUGCUACUCUCGGUUGGCACUCGGAGAGAUCAGGCUUGUCUUUCCCAGUGAAAGCUGAUGCGGAACCAGGAGAGCUUCGGCGAGGGUUCAAGGCUUCAGCAGAUGCUGACCCUGUUGUUGCUGCCAUCCUUCGGCGACUCAGAAUGCAAAUAUCAAAUUGUAAUGCUCAGGCUCUGACAAAUGCUAUCUGGGCCGUGGCUACGAUUGCUAGCAAGCGGCAAAAGGGAUUCGAUCCUUGGCAGCUGAAGCAUACGUUGCCCAAUGAGCUACGUCGUGACAGCGUAUUUCACGCCAGCGACGAUACCCCUGCACGCUUUGAAGAGGAGGACAGACUUGAUGGUAUCGACUCGUCCAGUGAGAGUGAAGAGUUCGCCUUGUACGUAGAGCCGGUGGCCUUAGAUACGGAGGAACGGUUGUUUCUUGAGACCGUGCGUCGGGAUAUCAUCUGCCAAGUGCACCUGUUGGGCAGAGAAGCUCUGAGCAUGCUGCUGCUAGCGGCAGUCAUGCUGCGAUGGCAGGAGCCAGACCUGCUUUUGAGAGCAGUGCGGCGCGCACUCGCGCUGCUUCGUCGAUCGCAGCGGCCGCGCUACAUGCGGCAAAGCGUAAAUCGAGAUGGAUGCCAUGAGCAGAACGCUGAGGCACCUCAACGUGGCCAGCCGUCUGCCGCGGCCUUUUCCGGCUCGUUUUGCUCCACACCACAAUCUGUUUCUUCAGAUGACUUCCUGGCUUCUGAUGGGCUGCGAUUGCGUGGGGAGGAGGAUCGAGGAGAAGGUGAAUUGCACAGCCGAGUGUGGGCUAUCCUGGCAAUGCUUCAACAACAGUCUCUGGACAAAUACCGUAGCCCAAGCGAGUUUCCCGGGGCAUGCGUAACUGAACGAGGCGACACAGUCGAGUGUGCCACUGAGCUGAAGCGGGGCUGGCAUUCACUAAAACAGAGGGAGAACUCGAAGAUAGUUUCUGACGGCGGUCGAGGUUGCGGUGUGUCUCAAACGCUGACCGGAGAAGGGAUGCCUGGUGCUGAACAGCGCGCGUAUGAUUUUUUGGAUGCCGCGAUGGAAGCUGCUGAGGUGCUGAAAGCGGCUCUAGCCCGCGUUCUUAGUCAUACUGGCUGGACUCCUCCCAAGCACCAAUGGAGAUCUAAACAUGUUCAGUCUAUCCUACUUUCUCUCAUGACUCUAAAGAGAGAUCGGGAGAGGUACGCGCAAGAGAGAGGAUCUGUAGUGAACCUAGAGGGCCGCUGGUGGGUGCCGGAGGAGCAACAACAAUGUGUGAGGGGCGAACUUCCGUUCUUUGAGCAGACAGAAGCUUCUGCAAACGUGGCCACAGAUCUAGGAGUGUCUACCGAAAGAGCACAGGGUGUAAUUGAGGAACAACAGCAACGGCAGCACCGUUUUGCUUCAGGAUGUGAGGAGCUGGUUCUCAUGCUGGAAACGUUUGUUGCUCGGUCGAUUCGCGCCGUGACAUCUGAGCUUACGGGUAUGCGCACAGAGGGGAAGAACGAAGGGCUUUCAACUUCUGAGGUGCCAAUAGCGCGUGAAGCUGGCGAAACCGAGACGCUUGGCGGCAUGCAGAAAAUUGUGAAUCUCUGGGUGAAACGGGCCAGUUUGCUUCUUUUCGCCCUGCGUCACCUACGCCGAACAACGUCUGGGACUGACAGCCUGGCAGCAUGGUGUAUCAGGAACGGCCAGCACACCUGUGAAUCGCGGACAAAGGCGAAUUUGACGAGUCCCAUCUUGGAAGGUUCACGGAGUGGUCCAUAUCCGGGUACAGAGGUUUCGGCGAGUGCCGAGCAAGAUGAGAAGGAUGAUAAACAAACACGAAGCCAUCAGCGGAAACUGCGGCGCAGCAACGCCGACUCGCCUGCUUUUUUUUCUGAUCAGUCACAGUGCACAGGGACGUCCAGCGAUGCAUUAGUUGCGAUGGUUGAGUUAAUUGCAGUCAUGCUUCGCAGUGGAUUCGCCUCUUCUAGCCAUCAACAGUUCCCGAGCCUCCUUUUCGAGUUGCAUUCAUUUCUCGUGGCUUGCCAUCAUGAGUCGCUGCCUUAUCAGCGGAAAUUAGCCAAAGGAAGUGCGACUUCGGACGUGACGUUGGACAGCCUGGCAACUGCGGGGAACAAGAGCACAGAGGAGCGCUCAAAUUCUGGUCACAGAGGGCAGGCAGCCGAUCAGAAAGCUAGCGUUUCCACAGCGACACCCGCUCCAGUCCGUCAGGAGUGGUUCGAAGGUUCGCACGUCUCUCAGCAUAUUGCGGAUGCCCUGAAACGUGGCGACAAUCUCGAGCCUUUCGGUUCGGCGAGAAUACAUGCAGUUCUGGAACAUCAGUUAAGGCCGGCACUCAUUUCCUGGCUUGUUGAGAAUAUGCAUAGUAUCAGCGACCCGAUGUACAACCGUUUGUUUCCGUUGCUGCACCUCCUGGGAGCCAUGGAAGAGUUUCUUAAUACUCUCAACGGUGUUGCUCUCCAAAGUGGCACCGAAGAGAGAGCGGAUGUAGACGGCACCCUCAGUCUGGACACCGCUUCUGAUUCCAGACUCAACAGUACAGUGCCAGACAAAAUGCACGUUGAUGAGUCUACGGCGCGGAUGCCUAUUCAUGAAGCAUCAGAUGUCAUGGCCGCCGUACGCAGAUCUCGAGCAGCGUUGCUCUCCCUUCUUCUGCAUCGGCGAGAGCGCCUCACCUUUCAGCCGCCUUCUCUCCUGAUGUCGCUUCUUAAGGCGGCGUUUCCUCGACGUCUGCUGGCACACCUUCUGCCCGCCGACCUUGCUCACGGUCUGACGGCUCUUCAGCGCCUGAAAACCUCCGCAGAGACUCGGGAUGAUGCUGCGGUUGCGUCGUUCAUGGCAACUGCGUAUGCGGGAAGAACAGACGCGGAAGCGCUGAGGGAUUCUCGUGUAUUGGAGCGAAUCUCCAGCUCACCGGUGGCCACAUCUGCAUCGUAUGGAAAAGGCGUCGUUGACCGUACAAGACCAGGAGCAGGGAAGAAUCUGGGUUCAGCGCUAGAGGACCGGCUCCUGCAACAGUCAAACGAACACACACACACUUCAGACUGGGCAAGAAGUAUUGUCGAAGACGUUCCUGUUGAGCUUAUUGCGAUGCUAAAUCGCCCAACGGAAGAGUACUACAUGCUCCCAACAAAGGGGAACACAGGCAAGACUGUCGAUCCAUGCGAAAUGCGCGCACAAAUGGAUACGGAACACAACCGUGACGGAGUAAUCAUUCUACCCCGAAAGCCGUCUACCCCUACUAAUGCAAUCGGAUCUAGUACUCAUCUCCGGGGUAGGCGGCUGCACCAAUUCAACGUUGACACUGAUUGCGACAACUGCGGCAUGCCAAUGGAACUUCCGGGUUCCAGCGGAGUGUCCGCGAGCGCCGUGGGGUACCGGUGUGGAGCAGCGUAUCGAAAAGCCACUAGACAAGGAAUUGCGAACACAACCCGGACACAGUGGGACUUGCUGGGUCCACAGCAGUUGGCACACGCAGGCACCGCCGCUGCUCAGUUGCUCGGAGUGCCAUCGGCAGCCCCCGUCUGGCUACGAAUGUUGGAGAGAGGUCAACCGGAGAUUGCUGUGGGAGAUGCGCAAGCAGCAGGCGGAACCGAUGCCGGGAAAUCUUAUUGUAACAACUGUGGCUCGCCGUCAGGUGGCGCUACUGCGCAUCCUGAGCUUCAUUCUGCUCACCGUAGAAAUGAAACGACUCACAACCUCCUGCCAGACAGUUCAGUCUCUUCUUUUUUGGCCCCGGCAGCGGCCGCUCUGACUGGUUAUUUACUCUCACUCGAAUCCCCAACAGGUCACACUAAUGUGACCUCCAAACCGACUCCAGGUGGCUUGCGUGCGUGGGCAGUACCUGAGGCUGUAACGACAUCUGCUUUAUUAAGCAAGCAAGACACAUGCCAGUCUUCUCUUUUGCGGACAUCACCUGCUCUUGGACUGCCGCAGGAACCACUAUCACGUGACGGGUGUACCAGGGCUGCUGAAGAACAAAACACGUUCCAGCAGUCGCAGAUUGACCCAUCAACGUCUUGGACCUGGAGACGCGUUCGCGCGCUCGUACGCGAGAAAGGAGACCGACUUAGCGCAGCAGGGGCUUUGCGCCUUCUUGGCGGUGGUCCUCAGGGCCCGGCGGUUGCUCGGGGACUCGCGAACGACGCGACAACGUUAGCAAAUGUGCUACAUCUGAUUCAGGGCUCUCAGCAUCGGAUCGAAAAGGUUGGGUCCAAUGUUAAUGGCUCGAGGCAGAGACAGGUGGCGAAAGUCGAAAGCGAGGUAGAUGCCAAACUUAGGGAGAGACGCAUGCAACUGGAAGCCACAGGGGAGCAGCCGGCGGUGCUCGCGCCAAUACGACUUAAAGGGAACGGAGCUGCCGUGGCGAACGAGUCCCUAAGACUUCUUGUCUCCGAAGAAAGGCCGGAGGGGACCGGACACAGUGGCAAGCAACUCCCGAUCUACGAUGAAGAUGCAGCGGCUUUCAGACAUGGCUCAUGCGCAGCGACGUCGACUGGAACUGGAGAUGUUCGUAUGGCUGCCAAUGAGAGUGCCGAGGCCAAAGAAGAAAUGCAGUAUGCGGAACGCCUACUGCCUUUGCAGCAGCUAAGCGUAUCCUACAUCCUGGAACUCAUAGAACAACUCGCUCUGCUGGAAGAGCAACAGAUCACCUCUCAGCAUCACAAGUCGCUGAAGCGUGUGCACACUUCGGGAGAAUGGAAGAUGACUCAGUCACUGUUGUCGUCAGGCGCGGCGGAUAAUGCAGAUGAGGAUCGGGAUAUCGCAGUGCGGCAGUCCUAUACCGAAGAUGAUGCCGUGAAUAUUCGACGGUCGGUGACUCGGCUGCUGAUGGCGUUGGCAAUUGCACCUACUUUGCCGCUUGAUUCGGCGGCAUCUCUCGUUGGCCCAGUCGUAUCUAUGUAUCAGAAACUCCAGCGAGGGAACGAAGCAGCCGAUGCAGGAUGGCAGCGGCCGGACGACACAAAAAAGGAGUGCGGCCGCAUAGCUUCAGUUGGGGCGUUCCAGAUGAAGUGCCAACCAGCUCGAGUCGACCACUUGUCUCAAGACAGAAAUGAAAGCCACCAGGAGGAUAAAGUGUGCUGCAAAAAUCCCAGCCCGCCGGCGAAGCGCGCAAGACAAUGCAGAAACCUGCCGGAAAAUGCGUAUUUGAACAAAACGUGUGAUGCCCACGCGAUGUAUGCUGAUACAGGGGGCCAUCUUGACUCUCCAACGGUAUCCGAUCAACUCAAUCGGGACCUGUUUCUCGCAGCUUCGUGCUUUUUGCACAGGAUGCUCCCUCUUGCCCAGGAGUGGUUCCCACGUUUGCACGGACAUCGCGGGGCUGCGCUGCUUCGUUUGCUGUGGGAGUGUAACAGUAGUGAGGCUCUUCCACGGCAUGAAUGUUCUUCUGAACUAACAAACCCAAAAACGAUAGAGGCCCUUGGUUCACGAACGGAUGGUGGCGCAAUAAGGAGUCAUGCGUCGUGUCGUGUUGGCGGAAGUUGCAGGACAGCUGACGGACCCGUCGAGCGGUACCAUCGAGCAAACGAGCGGGAUUCGAGAACGACAACGGAUCUGAUGGGCCGUGGCACUAGCCAGGAAGCUGCACCCAGCGAACAGAAGCAACACAGUGAAGAAGAUGCAUGGCUACGGGAAGCCGCACAACCGUACUUGACACGGAAUGUGCCAGCGACUGUGGAAGAUUGUCUAUUCCGUGACAGAGCGCUAGUUCACAAUUUACAGGCCGCUGUGUUGAGAAGCAUGAGCAACCUGAGUCCUGGUGCUCUUGCACGGUUGUGGGAGGCACUGUCAAUCCAAGCAGGUGCAGCAUCCAGUGCAGACCGUAAUCCAUCGUUACUCGGUAGUCAAGGCCUCCGUCACGGACGCUUUUUAACGAGUCCUGCAGUAGGCAAUAUUGUGGCUGAAAAGCUCAUGGCGCUGGGGUGUACCGCUGCAUACGGUGGAUGGCCCCGCUGCGCGACAGACGGGGCCAACGCCCCUACAGCCAACGGGGGUUUGCUUGCCGAAUCCGAUGAUGGCCAUGCAGUGCCAAUAGGGUAUGGAAACGAUGACCGAAGUCAACAGCCAACGUCGAAGACAAUCCACAAAGCAGGUCACGAACAGUCGUCCGUCGAGACCGCUUCUGCACUACCAGAGGAUCGGGAUGCAGCUAGUGAAGGUCACUGGAUUGCAGGUGCUGUUGCUGCGGCAGGAUCUGGGCUGCUUGGUAGUGAGGAGCAGCAGCGCAUAGCAACGGCAAAAGCGCGAGAGACGCACGGCAGCGCUGCUUAUUUUGCUCUGCUUUCGUUUUUCGCCAACUCAAAGAAUGUUUCAUUGGCAGAUAUUGCACAUGUGGUGCGCAAAUUGCUCUUUAACGCCCAACGCCUCAUCAGAAGAGAUGGGUCGCUGGAUGUGCGAUCCCGUCUUGAAGCCGAACCGUACAAGACUCGACUGUGUGAGCCUGAAGCAUGCAGAAAGACACCAGCCGAGCGAGGCAAUGCAUUUGCCAAACCAGGUCACGAAGCUGCUCAGCAGAGAAACAAUGAAGGAAGCAGGCUGAAGUGCAAAGAUGCAGAACAGCCGAAAGAGGAGUCUUCUCAUGCCGGCGUGAAAGACUCUCGCGUCCAGUCUGGGAUGCAAGAGACGAACUCGCGUAGACGGAAGGGGUGUUGCCAAGAAUCACUGGAACUCGAGGAUAACUUUUCUUCACGUGCAGAUGUGGACGGCGAGACCGUGAUCUGUGAAGAAAGUCGAAAGAGAAAAGAGGGAAGUCGAGAGAUAGAUCUGAUGGCUGCCGGCUGGUUCCUUUGGAUCGCUGCAAAUAUUCUCCAUAAUUCUGGUACCACUGGAGAGAAAUAUGAACCUCAAGGUUUACUUCGAGCACAAAUGACUCCAGAAGAUAACCAAAUCACUCAUGACCUGAAUGCUGCGCUUCAAUCACUGCUGGACGCCGUGCUGGCCGAUCUCGCGGCAUACAGGAUACAAGCCAGCAUCGAGCAAGAACGACCUUCUUCCGGAAACAGUUCGUCGAAAGCCAUAGGCACGCGUUCGAAGCCGGGAGAGCUCUACAUUCAGUUGAUCCUAUGUCUCGACAUUGUGGCUAGGAUACGACACCCCCUCGUCCAUCCCGGCAGCCCAGAUGGAUUUCGUGCUGGUGUUCUUACCAGACAUUCCGCUCUCCCUGACCUUCUGGAUGGGAUAGCCCACUUGAUAAACGACUGCGCUUCGGACAUAGAAGCCGACGUAGCAGCAAGGACAACUACUGACGGUGUCCGUCAGUCCUCAAUGGAGCAAGCCUGCCCACCGCCCCAUUUCCUGAAUGAAGUGGAGAGACGCAGACGUUACUGUUCUCUUGAUUCUCUCGCGUAUGUUUUUCACUUAAGUAGACAGGCUCGUGUUUUCUACCCACCUUUGGUAGAGGCAGUUUCUAGGGCUGUACGAGCCCACAGGCGUCUACGGUGCGUUAGCUGUAACACUGCGUCAUCACACCAGCCAAACGAUGCCUUGCGAAGUGGGGCAGCUGUGGAAGAUGUGCCAUCAAGUGCUUUUGUCUCACCGCAGCAGGUACCUGAGAGCAUUUUCACAGCCUCUUUCAAACAGACGAAUGGGCUGUCGCCUGGCGAGUCAAGCACUUCCCUCCCCCAAUCGCCUAAUAGAACGCUACGGAAAGAUGACAGCUGCCAUUCACAGAAGGAAAGACAUUGGCCGGCUUUGCUUCUUCUCGCAGAUGCAGCAAUCCAUCAGCCACAGGAGGCACUUGUGAUGCUCAGGCGUGAGCUUUUGCUUUUCUUAGAUGAUAAACAUACGAUGGAAGCUCUUCCUCUGCAACACCUUAUCCGCGUUCUGCGGUUCGCUCUUACGGCCCGAGAUCCGGUACAGUACACAGCCAACGAGAAAACGUUUCCGGCCGUCUCGGGCAGGCACGCGUUUGGCUACGACAAGGCACCGUCGUCGUCUGGGAGGGUGGGGCUUAGCAAAGAACUUGCACUUGAGAAUCAGCCAGCGAACAGUGUCCAGGAUGGUAUGCCGCAUGGGACGUUGACAGUGGAUGGGGAAGAGAAAACGGACGUUGGCUUGAAGCGACAAGAUCGUAUUGAUUCAUUUGAAGAAAACGAUCUGAGCGUCUUUGAAAACAGAUUAGACGACCAGCACUCUCCGAAGAGUGAUUUCUCGGCUGCGCGGAGCACAGACUCAAAAUCGCCAGAAUCCUUAAUACCGGCGAACUUCACCCGCAGCCACGACUUUGGGGAACCAACCAGCACGCGUCUAGCUUGCCAUCCGGACGAUGCACGGGCAGAGGCGGUGUACGCGACAGUAGCGGCUCGUUGUGUGAGAGAGGGCGCCCUGUUACUCAAGAGACUGCAGGAAAAAAGAGAACAAGGACGCGGAGCGUUUUUGCAUCUUCUGAUGGAACUGGAAAGGAAGGGGUACGCACCGAUCGGCCUCAUUGAUACUCUGAACAAGGUCCGCUUGCUACAUCUAAUGAGCGCAACACGGUUCCAGCGGCCGGCGUCAUUCCCUGGCAGUUUUCGUGCAUCAGGCCCUGAGAUGAGCUUUACCACGAUGCCUCCUAAGGAAAACGGCAUACUCCAGAGGCACAACCAGGAUAUAUCUCUAUUAACAACUCCACCUGCUGCCGCGCACCAAUGGAAGGAGAUUCCUUUCGCAAAGUUCGGCGAGUAUGGACGUGCUGGUUCACAAGAGGGUUCACUGCAUCAAAAUUCGUCAUUAUCACGAUCGGUCAGAAACAAGGCCGAGGUUUUCCGCCUCUUAUUAGACGAAGGCCGUGAGUGGCCAGAGCUACUACGCGCAGCUGCGCGCCACUAUAUCAGUAAAGGGUCAUCAGGAUUUCACAUGGCUAUAAGCGCGACUCUGGCAGACGACUUGGGCAUUGCUCACGAGAACGAGGCUUGGACGAACGAAGGAAUGUCUCUGGAUAUCACUCUGGCGACGGAAGCCGCCGACGGGCGACACGUGGCGGUGGAGGUAGACGGCCCCACUCAUUUUGUCGAGUUCCUGAGAGGGCCUGCAUUACCUCGGGAUUCGGCAGGUUCAGCAGCAGCACUUGAUGAAUCAUUGAGAAAUUCAUGUCGCUGGUUUCAAAAGAUCGAUCACCAUCACAACGCACACAAAACGCCGUUUUCGACUGCGGUCCUUGAAUAUGAUCCUGGUGGAGAGGCCCGUUUCACAGAAACGGAAAGGAAACGGAUGAAACAGAAAGCGUUUGGGCCACGUGUUGAAGCAACGCGUUGCGGCGGUACGACUCAGUAUCUGCCUACGGCCUUGACACAAAUCAAGCACCAGAUUCUGCGAUUAUUUGGGUGGCACGUCCUGUCAGUACCGUUCUUUGAGUGGCAGGCGGCGCAGGCACCGGAAGCAUCAGGAUGCCGGCCUCAGCGUCAGAUUCUUUUGCUGAGGAGAAAGCUGGCUGCCUACUUGCCUCGCUUCGCCGAGUCGCUACAGAUCAUCCCAACAUCUUCACAUGCUCGUUUGCGGCGUCACAUGCAGAGACAAAAUCAGCGUCGCAGCAACGACACGGACGAACAGGGUAGCGACGGAGGUAUCAAUUCUGUCAACCUAGGCACUGGGUCCAAGCAGUCGUUAUGCGGAUAUCUGAGUCUUUCGUCCAAGGACAGCAAUAAUCAGCCAGUUUUCCCCGAAGAGACUGUGGCACGUGAGGGACAUGACACAGUCUCAGGCCAGCCAGCAGGGCUGUUUUUGGCACCAGGUUCGAAACAGCUGCAGCAGGCCAUUACGAGUGCAAGAGAUCCGAACAAAACUCACGACUGUAAGAACGGCGAUACGUACCGGACUACUGGUGCCGGCCACCACGAACACGCCGCCGUUGGCAGUGGUGGUGGAAGCAAAUUAUCGUCGGAUAAGCAGGGUGAGGACACAUGCUGUGAGUCCCAGCAUGCAGAACACACCAGCACCGACGCUGUGCCUCAAGAGUGGCAUGGCAAGGAGGGCCGCCCGCCACCACCUCAGAAGAGACAUGUUGCCAAUGAGAGCAACGCAAGCCAGAAGCCAACCAACGAGGGAAGACGUUCAGGGACGAGCGUGCAGUGCAAACAAAAUCAGGAACCAAGGGGACGCUCUAAAGGAAGAAAACGAAACCCAUCUGCAAAGAGUAUAACCGGCGUCGCGCGAGCGCUACAACCAGACAAUCUCGGAGGCAUCGAGUCAGUAGUAGGUGACGGAACGAUGGCAAACUUUGGGGGCGGCUGUGCAGGUGGCCGAGACGAUGCUUCACCACAAGGAGCCGAUUGCGGAGGAUGUAGGGGACGUCACAGGAAGCUGUCGGGAACGCGAAUGACGCAAGUAUACCAGGGACAAGCGGAGAAAAUUCGACGUAAUAGCACCGCACUUCUACCAGAGCCUUUCAUCAAUGCAGAAUCGACAGAGUGUAAAGACUUGCCGACUUUUGCAAAGCCAUAGAUCUUGCGUACUGCACACAUACAGACUCAACAGGAAAUAUGCUCACAUUGGCGGCGAAGUGUGAUGCCGUGCAAAGGCGGCCUGCUCUAGGAUAGGAAUCUCUACAUUACGAUGUUAACAAAAGGACGUCAGUGUUCUGUUCCUUCCGUUUUCUGUGUUACCUAUUGCUCCAGUGGUGCUGUGGCCGCUCCUAGCUCGUGUCGGAACAGAUCCGGUUUGCGUUCGGAUCAGCCGCCGGAGUCUGCCUUCAGUGAUGCCGCGUAUCUCCAGGAGCGGCAGCUGAGUUCCUAGCUCAACUAUCUGAUAUGUUCUGUGAGAUCUUGCGGCGAUUGUGUCUAAGGAACUGGUAUAGAGUUAUAUCUUUAC